AUGAUGCUGUUCACAGCGCUGAGAACUGCAAGCAAAUCCCUACGGAACGUACGCGCGUUUCAUGUGUCUACAAGGCGCUGCGAUGUCAGGUCCUUGCUCGCCAAAUUCAAAGACCCACACUCGCCAUAUCAUAUCCCGCCGGGGACGUCAGGCCCAGAAACUCCGGACGGUCCUGCUCUAGAUAUUGCAACCCACGCUCGUCUAAAGCUCGAAGGCAUGGGCUACGAACCACGGUCAUUCUGGGCUCAGCAGAUCGUGUGGGGCGACCAUGAUUCCUUUCAGCACGUGAAUAACUGUCGUUAUGUGCGUUUCUUCGAGUCGGGAAGAAUGCAGUGGAUCGUAGCUCUUGGCGAAGACAUAGGCGGCUCCGAGGCUGCUCAGAACUUCUUGGCUGGUAAAGGCGUGGGCUUUAUCCUUAAGUCGAUUGAUGUCAAGUUCCGCCGCCCUGUCACCUUUCCAGACACGCUUCUCAUUGGGCACAAGGCUCUUCCUUGGCCAGAAGCACCGGCAGAUUCUACUCGGCCUGGUCCUCCGCUUAGCAAAACGCAGUUCUACCUACGCGCUACAGCUUAUUCAUACGCUCAGGAUGCCAUCGUGGCCGACAGUACAAGCGUUAUCACUUGGUACGACUAUGAGAAGCUUUCCAAGUGCGACCCGGGUGAGGAGCGUUGGGCGCCUUUACGAGCGCGCAUGCAGAUGGCCGAGAGCGUUGGGGCUCGUUCAUAA